ACGUCAGAUUUCUAUUCUAUAUUACUUAAAAAAACAAAAACGAAGUGAAAAUUUUGAAUCCUCUAAGCAUGGAAAUAGUGUUUAUGUAAAUUCUAAACCAACAACUAGUAUAAUUUAUGAUGUGCUAAGUAAACCAAUCACAGAGAGAAUAGAAUAAAAAUGGAUGGUUCAGUAAAGUGACAAAAACUGGAACCUAAGUCUGGACUGAAUGACUACAAAGACAAUAGUUAUGAAUUAUAAGAUGAGAAGUCUUCGAAUGACACAGUUCCGAAAACAAUAAUGUUGGAACUGAGUACCGAUGAUAUUGCCCAGGGUGGAAAUAUAACUACAUUUAUAUACUGGAGCUAACAAAAAUACCAUAUAUUUGUCUAAUUAGCUGAAGCCAUGGCAGAUUACCAACAGUCUAAAAGAAAAUCAUCCAGAAGCUUCAAAGAAUCCAGAAAAUAUAAACAAAAAAGAAAUUGUAAAGAAGACACUAAGUACCAUUAUUAUGAAUCGAAAACACCACCUUUACCCACAUGUAGUAUUACCAUGGAUGAACUUAUAAAACAAAGGGAGUCUCUGAAACAAGAAUUGACAAAAAUUAAAUAUAAUGAAAAUUUGGAAACCAAAGAAAAAGCAUAUUAUUGUAAUGAAUAUGGAAAUUCAGAAGACUAUGCAGUUUCCAAAUAUAAAAGGAAAUAUGAUAGUGAUAAAAAAAAGAAUGAUACAAAUAAAAUAGAAAACAAAAACAUUGGAAACAAAUCACCAGAUCGCAUUGAUGAUUACUCUCAUAUAGAAUCAGAAGAUGAAGAAAGUAUUAUAGAACAAAGAAGAAAACAGCGCAAACAAUUAUUAGAAAAACUUGUUACCAAACAAAAAGACAAAGCAGAAAAUGUAAAAACACAAGAAAUAGUUAAAAAUACCAUUCACAACACUAAGACUGAUAAUAUUCUACAUAAUACUCAAAUAACACAACUUGCUAAAGAAACAAGAGAUAUGUUUUCUGAACAAGAUGAUUUUGCUGCCAACAACAUUUCUGAACUUGUGACUCAAGAUAAUGAAAGUAAUGCACAAUUAAUUGAUAACUGGGAUGAUGAAGAAGGUUAUUAUAAUACAAGAGUUGGAGACAUUAUUGACAAUAGAUAUACAAUUAAGAGUAUAUUGGGUCAAGGUGUUUUUGCAAAUGUUGUUCGUGCUCAUGAUAUUAAAGCUGGCAAUAAAGAUGUUGCUAUAAAAGUUAUAAGAAACAAUGAUCUGAUGUAUAAAACUGGCUUAAAAGAAUCAUCUAUUUUAAAAGAAAUAAAUGAUGCUGAUUUAGAAGACAAGUAUCAUUGUGUGAAGUUUAUUAGACAAUUUAUGCACAAGGGACAUUUAUGUUUAGCGCUAGAAUCUUUAAAUAUGGAUAUGCGAAGUGUAAUUAAAAAAUAUGGCAAAAAUGGACUUAAUAUGGAAGCAUUAAUGAGCUAUAGUAGACAACUAAUAUUAGCAUUGCGACUUUUAAAAAAACUUGAUAUAAUUCAUGCAGAUAUUAAACCAGACAAUAUUCUUGUAAAUGAAAAAAAAAAUAUUUUAAAAUUGUGUGACUUUGGUUCAGCUUCGAAAGUUGGAGAUAAUGAACCAACGCCAUAUUUAGUCUCCAGAUUUUAUAGGGCACCUGAAAUAAUAUUGGGUAUACCAUACAAACACGGUGUAGAUAUAUGGUCGGCUGCAUGUACAAUUUUCGAAAUGGCAACUGGAAAAAUACUAUUUACUGGAAGCUCUAAUAAUAAAAUGUUGAAAUGUUUUAUGGACUUCAGAGGGAAAAUUCCAACUAAAUUAAUACGAAAAGGUAAAUUUAAAGAUCAACAUUUCAACUACAACAAUAAUUUCCUUCUGCAUAAAAAGGAUGAAAUAACUGGUAGGGAAAAAGUAGUUGAAAUAAUUAACAUUUCUGCCACUAAAGAUUUACAGACUGUACUUAAAAAAUUCGCACACAAUUUAACUGCAAUUGAUGAAAAGAAACUUAGUCAAUUAAAAGAUUUCUUAGAAAGAAUUUUAGUAUAUGACGCUCACCAAAGAAUGUCUAUUUCAGACUGUAUAAAACAUUCGUUUAUUCAAGAUAUACAAAAAUGAUAUUAAAGAAAACCAUAUAUAGAAAGGUCAAA